AUGGUGACUAGAUAUCACAAUUUCAUUAUAGCAUCUUUGUUGUUUGUUUGGGUGAUAUAUUAUGGAAAUUCGAUAUCGGGGAAAGUACAUUUGAAUGAUGGCAAAGAAACCAAUAGUGGGGAAAGGAAGGACAGGGGAAGUUUGAAGUUCCCACCGUCAAUGAUUGGUGGGGGUACUAGAAGAGCGGGUUGGCGCGGGGGCGGUGGAAGCGGAGGAGCAGGGAAUAAGGAAUCAGAGGAGAGUAAAUUAGGAAGACUAGAAGAAAUUGGAAUGGGGAGGGGGAAAAGUGCACCCGGUGAUGCCAGUCCGCAUGAGGAGAAAGUGUUGAAAGAGGAGAAAGAGAAGAAAAGAUUAAGAGAGGAGAAGGAAGCAGAGGACAAAAGGGUUCAAGAGGAAAAAGAAGAUCAGGAGAGGAAAGCAAAAGAGGAGCAAGAAAGAAAAGAGAACGAAGAAGACGAAGAGACGGAAGAAAAUGCAGAAAUGGACGUAGAGAUGACCGAGGGGGAAGACAUUAAUCAUGAGGAUACGAACAAUAACAAAGUGGAAGAAGCGAACGGCAAAUACAAGUUCCUCGCUCUCCGUUCGCUCUGCGAAACCACCACAUUUCAACCCGGGCUCUACCUCCAGUGCCACUCCUGGUGUGGUCCCAACUCUACAUCCAUCUGCGGUGGUCUAAACAAUGCCCGUAAUCGUUUACAAACUUGUCUUCGUUUGGCUCUAGACCUCGGUUCCGGAAUCAUCCUUCCCACAGUGCAAUCGCAUCGCAACACUGAGAACGUCGUUGACUAUGGCGACACCACUGAUAAUACCCUAUGUCCAGACGUAUAUUGGGAUAUUGAGUAUCUUCUCCAGGAAAUGAGUUCCGCAUGCCCAGAGCUAGAAAUCCGACAAUGUGGGGAUGUUUCUGGGAUAGACGAGGAUAAAAUCGUACAAAUGAAGAAGAGAGAACACGGAGAUGCCAGUCACCACAUCGGCACGUUUAAAGCUAUAGUGAACGAGCAUUUGGAAUCCCUUUCCCUCUCAUCUAUUUCAGCCGACAAUCCAAUCGCGGUCGGCUUUGGUGAUACAAUAUAUGCAUACAAUUAUACAUAUGACUCGGAACAAGCCCUACAAAAAGAGCUCUUCCGUACUCUAAGAUACAAUCGGAAGUUACUCGAUCUCGGAUCGAGGCUUCGAUAUAGUCCAGAGUUACGCGAUGGAUAUAUCGGAGUUCAUUUCCGGGGUGAAAGCGAUUGGCCCCAGAAUUUCGGUUCACGGGAAGAUCAAAUGAAGUUUUUCACACAGGAAAUCGAGCUUGCAUCUACUGCCCAAGGGGUUACCGAGGCUAUCAAGACCAUAUAUAUAAGCUGUGGGGAUGAAGCAGCCAUCUCAACGUUUCGUGAGCCCCUUUCGGCACUAGGGUAUCGAGUUUAUGAUAAGUGGAAUUUGGCAUCAUCUCUUUCUGAACCAUCUCUGUUAUUAGAAGAAAUGGAAUUCGACACCAUAGCUAUUAUUGACUAUGCUGUGUUGGUUGAAGCAGCCCUUUUUCUCGGAGUAUGGAUGUCGACAUUUUCCCAAACUAUUGCAUAUGCGCGUACUGUGGAGCUCGAGCAGGACUACUGGGAGACUUAUGUCAAUCCGGGAAGCAGAAGGGAUGGACUGACGAGAUUAUGGGAUCAAGUACCUGCUUUAAAAGGAGAUGAGACGACUAAGAUAUUAGUCAUUAACACGGGCGGGUUCAGUAAUAUGGACUCUUACCCUUGA